AUGUCAUCUCAACUGGCUUUGUUCUUCCCUAAACUGCACCUCCAGAGUCAGAAAUUGAGAAAGAAGAGAGCGGAGGAGAAGAGAAUGAAUGCAUUCAACACGGCAAUCGGAGAUAUCAGAGAAGAGUUGAUUCAGAAGAAAUACGGAAACGAACAAGAUCUCAAAUCACACCCUUCCAUCCUAAUACUCGUGGCCGAGAUCAUCAAUAAAGUGGAUCUGAAAUCCAAGUAUCCAGUGGAAGCACGUCGGAAGUGUGAAGGAGGAAAGAUGAAGAGAGAAGUAGAAAAAGAAGUAAAAGCAAGGAGAGAACAGAUGAGAAGGGACAAGAUGACGGAUGCACUAGAACAUAUCAGGGAGUUUAUCAUUCGGAACAGUCUGGGAAAUGGGAAGUUGGAACAAGUCACUGUUCUCCAAAUCAUUCUCGACUACUUGCGUACUCUUCCAAUCAAUGUACCAGAUACACCGAUCGCAUCUCCAUCCGGUUCUCCAUUUUCAUCAUUCUCUAUUUCUAGUAUUCUCUCCCGCACUACCCUAUCACCAGGACUGCCUACAUUAACACCUUCUCCACCACUCACCCAACCAGCAGGACUUUCAAUGGGAACUCUUCGCCAAUUGCUCAACUUCCCAUCACCAUUCCCAAUGACACCUAUGGACCGCACCGCUUUUCAACUGCAGUUUCAAUUCCAGUAUCUACAGAAUCAGAUGAUGCUCCAGAACCUUCUUAAUCCAAAUGAGGCUACCUAG